AUGGCAGACAACACCGUUCCCACGUACAUGGCGUUCCAGCACGACGGACAUCUGCUGCACCUGGAGACAAAAAUGCUAUCCGUACAAGCCGCUCAACAGCUUGGCGAAGACAAUCAAAAAGUCUUCAAGCAGUAUUUCACCGACGAAGACUUUGUCGUCAUCACCAAAGACACCAUCUUCCACCCACAAGGUGGUGGACAGCCAACCGAUGAAGGGACCAUGACCUCGAUAUCGAACUCGGACGCCAAGUUCCAGGUCACAUCGGUGAGGAUGGAUGCCAGCAACAACGGACAAGCCCUGCAUCUUGGACGAUUCGUGGGUCCGGCAUCAGCUCAGUUUCAACCCAAUGAGGCUGUCGGACAGGAUGUUGAUGGCGAAAAGCGACUGUUGUACAGUCGUCUACAUACUGCCGGACAUGUGCUUGGCGCGGCUGUUCGCCACCUGUUGGAACACCAGGUCGAGAACUUCGACGAGCUCAAAGCAUCCCAUUUCCCCGACAGCGCGGCAUGCGAGUUUCAAGGUCUGAUUGAAGGCAAGCACAAGGCCGCCAUACAAGAACGUUUGGACGAAUACGUUAGCCGUGGAGUACCUGUCGAGGUGGACUUCUGGAGCGAGGACGACUUCCGCCGGGAAGGACUGGCACGCCUGAUCCCAGACCGCAGUCUGCUGCCGCCUGGAGAAGACAAGUUUCGAGUUGUUAAGAUCGUGGGCCUGGAGACAUAUCCAUGUGGAGGUACGCACGUAGAUGACAGCUCACAAUGCGGCGAGGUGGCUGUGAAGAAGAUUUCGAGAUCGAAGGGAAACAGCAGAGUGAGCUACUCCGUGAAGUAA